AUGUUAACUGAUUUAGAUAAUUUAAACUUACCAGACGAUUUUAUUUAUGUCACAAAAAAUGGAAAAAAAUUUAAAAAAGCAUCAGGUGGAAUAGUUGUUAUUUAUAGAAAGAGUUUAGAAAAAGAGUUGAAUUUCUAUAAUACUGCGAGUCAAUUUGUUUUAUGGUUUAAACUUUCGAAAUCAAUUUUGUCACUUAAUUCAGAUGUAAUUUUUGGUUGUGUUUAUGUACCACCUGAAAAUUCUAAGUAUUCUACUAUAGAAGCUUUUGAAGAAUUGGAAAAUGAAUUGAAUAUCCUUACAAACACUGAAAAUAGUUAUAUUGCCCUAGUCGGCGAUUUUAACUCAAAAACUGGGUCUUUACCCGAUUAUAUUAUACCUGACGAGUCAGUUGUUAGUAUGUUUGAUUUAGAUUGUGAUGCUGAUAUAUUAGAUUAUUUGUAUGAUUAUGAGAAUCUGACUCGAAACAAAAUCACCUUACAAAGAGUGUCUCAGUGUACAUGUAGACCUAAUAAGUAUGGUCAUAGACUACUUCAGGCCACAUUUAGUAAAUCAGAUUCAAUUGUUAUCAACAAUAGAAAUGAUAAAACUUUUGUCAGGUGGAAAAGUGAACAGAAAUCUGAAUACGUUGAUCGAAUUCAUAAUGAUCCUGAAGGUAUUUUGACCACUGUUAUGAAUAAACUGGACGAAUUGUCCGUAAAUAAUGAUAUAAACAAUAUAGUUUUAGAUAUCAGCAAAAAUUUUAAAGAUGCGGCAGCAGAAACGUUUGGGAAGAGAGCUGCUGAUGAGUUGCGUAACAUUUCUAAAAAGGACACAAAAGCUCUAUGGAAAAUCCUUAAUAAUCUAAAUGAUAGUAAAAAAAAAGAUAACAAUGACGAUAUAUCUCUAAAAGCAUUGUAUGAUCAUUUUAAAAUACUAAAUGAAACUGUUGAGACAGAAAAUGAUUUCGAACAAGAUUUGGAAUUUGAUACUCUAUCAGACGAUGUUGAGUUAUUUUUAAACAGUCCAGUAACAGAAGAUGAAAUUAAAAAAGUUGUUUCAAACUUAAAAAAUGGCAAAGCUUCAGGUAGUGAUGAAAUUUUAAAUGAGUAUAUAAAGAAUACAAUUGACGAUUUAAUGCCAAUUUAUGUUAAGCUAUUCAAUUUGAUUUUAGAUACUGGAAUUGUUCCAGACAGUUGGUCUAAUGGAAUCAUGAUUACUAUAUUUAAAAAUAAAGGAUCAAGAUCUGAUCCCGAAAUGUACAGAGGAAUCACUUUGAAUUCAUGCUUUAGUAAAACUUUUUCUGCUAUGUUGAAUUACAGGUUAAAUAAUUAUGCAGAUCACGUAGACCUGAUUUCAAAGUCACAAGCAGGUUUUCGUAGAGGAUUCUCUACUGUUGACAAUAUAUUUAUGAUACUGCGCUAUUGUCUGAAAGUGCAGAAGGAUUACAAAAAACCCUUGUAUGUUUUGAAGAAUAUUGUAAAAAAUGGAAGCUUAAGAUUAACACAAGCAAAACCAAAGCAGUGA